AUGUGGGUUAAACUCGUGGCAGGGGUUGCCAAUGCACCGGCCGGGGUCAUUGACCGGUAUCGACCGCUGCCUGACGCCCCUGCGGCGCCGCACCCCCACACCCCGCGCAGCACCCCCGGCAACCCCUCGAAAGCCGGGAAACACCGCAUGCGACAUUUCAUAUGCUUUGCGUUUUUACGAUGCAAAAUAAAGGCUCUGCGCGCAAAAACAAAUACAUACAUCAAGACACCGGUGCGCGGUGAGGAACCCGUGUUCGUGGUCACGGGCCGCAAAGAAGACGUUGCGAGAGCCAAACGCGAGAUCCUCUCCGCCGCCGAGCACUUCUCACAGAUACGCGCGUCUCGCAAGUGCGGCGCAGCCCCUCCCCCGCCAGCGGGCGCCCCGGGACAUGUCACCGCACAGGUGCGCGUGCCUUACCGCGUCGUUGGGCUCGUAGUGGGACCUAAGGGAGCCACCAUCAAACGCAUCCAGCACACCACCCACACUUACAUCGUGACACCCUCGCGAGAGCGCGAGCCCGUAUUCGAAGUGACCGGUCUUCCCGAAAGCGUCGAGGCAGCGCGCAAAGAGAUAGAAGCACACAUCGCUCUCCGCACUGGAGCCGCAGGCGGUGCGGCGACUGGAACAGGGGCCCCCGGAAGCGAGGGCGAACCCCUAGCGCAGUUAUACCGCGCCGGGUUAGCGUCGCUGCUGCGCCCAGAACAGGAGGCGGCAUUUUCGUCGGCGGGCUCGUGCUCCUCCGGCGGUUCGUCGGGAAGACUCGGGGAUCUACUCGGAAUCUGGUCUUCGACGGAGCGUGAUGAGGGAUUGGGCGAGUCGCCGUCGUUCGAGUCACCCAGCGCAGGCAGCGUGUGGGCGUGGGGCCCACCUCGACCUUCGCCGGCCGCUUCACCGGCGCGCACGUGCGCCGUGUGCGCCGAGCGUGGCGUAGCAGCGGCGCUGGUUCCGUGCGGACAUAACCUGUUCUGCCUGGAGUGCGCGCAGCGACUCGCCGCAUCUGCCGCGCCUUGCCCCGCCUGCGCUGCGCCGGCGCAUCAAGCUAUUCGUAUACUCUCAUAA